CUCCAUACACCCUAAGUAAGCAUCUUCCGUGUUCGGAGUCGAAUAGAAACGAGCAGCUUUGAAAACAUUCUCAUCAAUGGAGGAAAUCUCGCAAUCAUCCGCGCCACCACUUGAUUCCCUCAAACUGUCCCACAAGAUUACCGAAGUCGCCGCCCGGGAAGCUCACACUCUCGCUCUCACCGAUGAAAGUGGAAAAGCUGAUGAAGGUCUCUCCUUCUCACUUGUUCCUCGUGUAAAAUUUAAUUUUACCUUGGGCUGCACAGAUUCCAAGGGUGGGAAUGUAACUGCGUUUGAUAUAAAAUGUUUUGUCUCCGCCUACUUCCACUGUUUCCAAGUCCAUAACAGAUAUCUCGAAAUUCCAGCUCGUGACAUCAAUGUCCAUCUUCUGGAUCAGACUAAAAUUGAUAAAGGUGAAGGGACGUGGAUCAUGGCAUAUGGCUGCGUCUAUAUUAGGGAUGGUAGAUUUACAUCCAAGGAGUUUUAUAUCGGACUUCGUAACUUCUUGCUGAAGAAGUUUGCACCGUAUAAAGUCAAAUGGAUGGGUUUCACCUAUCCACUUACAAUAACCUUGCCACCCGAAGAAGAUCCAGAUAAAAUGAUGGCUUCCAUUCCAAUCACUUCCCGAACUGCUUAUAACCCAGUGCUGUGAAGGAGAACUGAGUUUGCUUGAGAGAUGAAGAAAACUGAUAGAACUGGCCGGUGGAGAGCAGCUUGAGUGAGAAGAGUGAGUAGUCUGAAGAGCAAUGAUGACUAAUGAUGAUAGCUUAGUGAUUUUACGCAAGGUCUUACGUUUUUACGUACUUGACUAAAGGUUUUACGUAGGUUUCAAUGAUUUUACGUUGUUAUUUAGAUGGGUGAGUGUUAAUAAAGAUGUUGGCUAAUUAUUUUUGAAAGUUUUUAACAAAAAAAGGCUUGCCAGACUUUUUCGGAUCAGGCGACCCAGGCGUGCGCCUCCUUGCGCUGCGGCGCAUCAUGUGCUUAUGUUGCGCCUGACCCUGGUAUAUGCACCUCCCCUUCUCCCAAGCAUUGAAGGCUACCUUGCGCCUGAUGCGCUUAAGCGCUGGGACGAGCGCUUUUGACUACCUUGCUUCCGCCUAAAACAAAUCAUAUCAAAACAAUAUAAUUACCUAGAAAUUUACUGAGUGUGGGUAUCCAAAUAACACAACAACAACAACAUCCAAGCCUUAAUCCUAAAAGUUUUUUGAGGUCGGCUAACAUGAUAUCUAUGCUAAAAAGAGAAGACAGACACGAAGAAGAAAAAUGUAAGAUCAAUGGAUAAGAUAAAGAUAAAAAUAAAGAUAACAAUAACAUAAGAAUACAAGAAAAAUAAAAGAUAGAAAGAUAAAAGAGCAUAAAAAAGUUAGAAGAUAAAAAUAACAUAUAAGACAUAAAAAGAUGAAGAAGAUAAACGAUAAAAGAAAAGAGAGAGGAAAAAUAAAAAAAGAGAUCAAUCGUCGACAUGAAUGUGCGCCCUUCACUUUGCUCUCUCCAAAGCCAUACUCUUAUUAAACCCAAGAAGACGUAUAUCAGUUCCGAUUCCUCUAACCCAAGUCUGUUUGGGACUUACCCUCCCUCCUCUCUGUCUCGUCUCUUCAUCCCUCAAGUCGUCUAACAGGUGCAUCAUUCGAUCUUUUACGCACAUGUCCAAACCACCGCAAACGAGACUCCUGCAUCUUAUCUUCUAUAGGCGUUACUCCCACCUUUGAUCUGAUGAUCUCUUUCCUGAUAUGUCUACACAUCUAACGCAACAUAUGCAUCUCUGCCACUCAUCUUUCACUCUGCG